GACGCCAGUACAUGUAACAAGGAGAUUAAACGCUUUCGAAAGAGAGUCUUUGCUGACAUUACCAUCACGGAUAUACAGCAAUGGUGGAGCUAUGUAUGGCGGAUCUGGUUUACGAUAUAGUGGGAGUUAUUCUAGUCUUUUUAAUCAAAUGAGUCGAUUUGCUUAUUACCUUUCUCACAUCUCAUAUUAUGCAGCCAUCACAAAUUACAAAUCUACAACUACCACUACCCGAUCACCUCUUUCAUCGGUAACUCAAGGUAAUUUCCCUUUUCAAACAUCAUAUGGUUCAACUAUGGCUAGGAAAAGAAAAAUUAAUCCCCUGAAAGACAAAUCUACAACUACCACUACCCGUUCACCUCUUUCAUCGGUAACUCAAGUAAGUACGCCAAGCCCAGCAGUGAAGGGUCAGACAUUGCCAUCCUUCAUUGUUCAAAUGUCCAAGGUGAACAUCUGCUUUGAUUUAUCGUUGAAAAAGUCAAGGGCCUACAACGUAAUCAAGAUGGCAAAACAAAAUAAUGGCUGCACCAUACUUGCAAAUACUGCCAGCAAACAAAACAGGGCCCUUAAAACGUUUGCCAGCUUGAAGGUAGAAAAGUUCAGAGGAAAAAGAAUGCAGGAAACAAUCAAUGUUGAUGUAAUUAAAAAUCUUACGAAUUUGCAAUGCGACAUGGAUGGAAUAACAUUGGACGUCGAAAAGGAUCAACACGGACUCAGAUUAAAGGCGGAAAUGCACGGCCGCCAACGGAAACAGUAUGACGGAAUUCUCAGUCACUUUGUCAAUAUGAAAUGCAAGAUAGUCAGACAAUUUUCAAGAAAAGGAAAAUUAAUGGCCAAAGUUAAAUGCAGACGACGUGGAAGACCUACAUUAAAGUUUAAAGCCAUUCAGAAGACAUCGUCAUCCGGUGAUUCCUGCUGGUUCCUUAACAAGAGAAUGGUAAAUUCCCUGAAUAUUAGUCCUACAAACUAUGAGAUCACACCAUAAUUUUUUUAUGAAGUAUAUUCUCAUGCAAUGCCAUACAUUUAUAUUUUUGUCCAUUUCAAGUUGUCUGUACAAAUAUUUCUGUUGUCGUUGAUGUUGUUGUUCAUAAUUUUUAAUGAUGUGGGCCAUCUGAAAUAUUUUUAAAUAAUCUUAAAAAAUCCUCAGAUAACAAAUCAAAUUUGCAAGGGAUCAGCAUAAUUACUGUUUGAUUAAAUGAUCACUAACUCUUGGAAUUGCAGAUAUGCUAUGUGUUUGUCUCACAUUCUUUAAAUUAAUUUUUCCAACCUAUAGCAUUCCAACAUGAACCAUAAAUGCGUUUAGUGUAUAUUGAUACAUGUACAGUUAUUUUGUUUAAAAAUUAGAAAGGCUGUUUACUUUAUUGUAAAUAUAUUUUUUUAAUUGAAAAUGAAUUUAUUUUUUGUAUAAUGCUUCUAAUUCAGAUUUUUGUAAUGAAUAAAAUAUCAGAACGUUGAAUUUUA